UGAUGCCCAUUUACUUUGUGGUUGAAAGUUUGACUUGUUUACAGUGGAAUUCAGGCUGAAAUGGUGUUAAUUCCAUCACCAUUACAUGUGGAGGGCCAUGGACACAGCUACCUGCCCUUUGAAGUAAACCGAUGUCCUAUCUGCUUUUUCACAUUUCAGUCAAAGAACUGCACAGGGAGUUUCUUCGUGCUGGUUCUGAUGUCAUGCAGACAUUCACAUUUUAUGCCAGUGAUGACAAACUUGGAAACAGGGGGAACAAAGCAGCAGAGAUUGGGGUACAGUUUGUGUACCUGUAUGUAAAACUAGUGAAUUUAGAGGGGGACAUUGAGCAGUGAUUUUGUUACAAUAGUUAUUGUGAGUCCCAGUUAAGAAAAAAUGUGUCUGAAAUUGAAAAUGCUUCGGUCUUUAUGUAACCAGACAGUUAACCUGAAGACAUACUCCAAAACUCUGUAUUAAAGUAUACUGAAAUUAAAAUGUAGUCCUUUUAUUUUAAAGCGCAACAAAGGCUAAAAGAACUAAAUUAUGCAUCCUGAAACAACAGCCAUAAUAACUACCACAGAAAUUGCACAAACAGGAUAUUUUAACAAAAAAACACAUGUUCAGAUCAAUCGAUUAAUCUUUGUGUCUUAUGGGACGCAUGCUAUGUUAUUUUGUGUCUUUGGGGCUUUUUAUGCAUCACAGACACAGGACGCAGAGGUAACAAAAUCACUGCAUUGAGGGGUACCCAAUACUGCAAUACCGUAAGAAAAAAUGGCAAAUACAAAAAUACUGUGUCAAAAAUCAAGAAAAUAUCAAUACCACAUAUGCUUACUUGAAGUUGUAUCCAUCUUGCGUGUUAAAAUAUCUCAAGCAUGUAAGCACCAGAAAUCAACCUCAGCCAUUGCAAGAAAAUGUGGGAAGACCUCAAAUCUGUUGGUGCAGCUGGUCAUUGGAUGCAACAGCAAUUCCAUUGUAGAUGAAAUAUCCAAAAUUGUGCUAUCAUUUACCAUUAUGUCUAAAGAUUUAGGAAUAUUAACUUAAAUUAACCUGGCUUACUAUGUGUUUUGUGUUGCAUACUGUAUUGACUUGACAGAAGAGCACAAAUGAACAGUUGCCAGAAUGCCGUGAAGGAUCAUUUUUUCCUGAAUUUUUUCAGCCAAAAGGAUAAAAAACUGCAUACGACAGGGCUUGAUGAUACUGCAAUACUGCAAAUUAAAAUAAAAUUAAAGAAAUACUGCUUGAAAAAACUCAAUACCGUUAACCCUUAUGCCCCCUUUAAUUUAGAUGUGGCAAAUGCAGGUUUGGGAACUUGGUUUUUGGAACAUUCUUACCAUAUCAAGUCGAGUGGCAUUCAUUUUUUUAAGUAUUGUUUUGAUCAUCUUUUCAUUAACCUGCCCAUGCAGAUCCCAAUCCUUUCUACUUCUUGUGAUGUCAUCAGUUUUUUAAAAAGUUAAAACAGUCAAGGACAACUUUGUCUUCUAACUUGUGCAAGGUGAGGAGAUCUCUGAAACCAUAACAUAGUGAGCACAAUUAAGUUAAGGAGGCAGAAGAAAAAGGCCAAAAAACUAAAACCAAGUAACAUUGACUCAAAACUUCCUAUGAAUCUUGUUCCACUAUACUACCUACCUACCUCUCCUUUCAUUUGGUCUUAAGAUCCUAAAAGCUUUCUGAAAAGCUUUUCCCACUAACAUGAAGCCUACUAAAUGUCAAUCAAAAGGAAAAAAUGAGGCAAGAAAAGCGCAAAAGAAGAGGGGAGGAGAGAUAGCGACGUAAAAGUCGAGACUUUUGUGUCCCUUCUGAAUCCAAAACUUGAUUCAUAAAUUUUGCUUUCUGUGUAUGCCGGAAUUUCAACUGUUGAAAGCUGGAUGAGACGGCUGACAUUAAUUUUAACAGAAUAUGGCUCAACUAACUUCAAAAUGCCUUUUUUGAAAAAGUUUCCGGGAGAGAAUGAGUUACUUGGUAUUGUAAUAAAAUGCCUUUGCUUCCAGUUUUGAUCCGUUCAUAAAAAGGUGUAAUCUUUAUUCUUCGAUUCUUUGAAUUAAUUAGAAGGAUGCUGAUAAGAUGUAAUGAAGUAUGUGCAUUUUCAGGUGCUUUUUUUAAAAUUCAAUUUUUUGCUUCUUUUAGAUGAAAUUGAUUCCCUUCUUGGUAUAGUAGUUCUCAAUAGGCCCAAGUGCCCCCUUUCAUCCUUGCCCAAUUGAAUAUCAAGCAAACUUCCAUUAAAUCUUUAUAGCACUGUUUUAGGUAAACAGUGUACUGUCACUAUAAAGAAUUGGUUCACGUUCUUAAACUUCAACUUGUUUAAUCAGAACGUAGUGAACUCACAAGCGGCCAUGACAGUAAACUAUGACAAAAGCGUGCCGAGCACGCACAUGUCAAUACUAAAAUCUGAUUGGACAAUGCAAUAUUGUCACAGUCACAACAACCAUAACUUUUCAAAAAUGUUUGGAAAGCUAAUGUUAAGUUCAGCAGAUGGAACUCUCUGCAAACAGUGAUUUGUAACUUAUUAAGAGCUGUCACUAAGAUUUUAAGGCACAGGGUAUAUUCAAAUAGUAUUCAGGGAAUUGAAGAUGCAAGAAAGUUUUUUCCUGUUUUGUUUUUCCUUUCAUCUCCAAUGAAAGUACAUGUAGCUGAGGGUCCUGUCUGACCCUCAAUUACAGCCCUGUUUUUUUUUUCCCUGAAAUGAAUUGCCUUUUUUAAAAAAAAGCAUAGUGCUAUUAUGCAAAGAGGGAAAGGAAAUUUCAGAACCCUUAAAACCUCUCCUAGGUUACACCAUACCUCUGAACUACAUUUAUUGAGAUGUUUGGUUUAGGUGUACGGUUUUCAGACUAUCUUAAUAAUGUCUACCUUGUUUUCAUUCUUGUCAACAGUGCAACACCAUUAACCAAGCUGCCUGUGACAUUGCUUUUGAAGUAGCGAAAGAGGGAGAUGCUUUGGUUUGUGGCGGUAUCUCUCAGACGCCAACGUACUUGAGUGGCAAAGGAAAAGAGGCUUGUCAGAAAGAAUUCAAUAAGCAAAUUGAAAUCUUUGUGAAGAAUGAUGUUGAUUUCUUAAUUGCAGAGGUGUGGGGUACUUCUUAGCACAAAGUUAAAAUAAUUACGUAGUUGAACACCCAGGGGAAUGCUCAAAGUUUUUAUACAGGGAGACUCUACCCAGAUGUCUAACCCCCUUCUCUCUUAUACACCAUUUUUGAACCAAAAGGUACUCCUCAUAUACCUACCAUAUAAAAAAGAUACUUUACUCAAAUACAGCAAAAACCCUAAACUAAGAACCUGGUUUUUAAGAACCUGUUAGGCUCACCAUUAGGCUCCCUCUAUACAAGAUCCUGUUUAGCCUAAAAUUUGAAACGGGUUCUUGUUUUCUAAAAUCUGCGUAAAAAAUUCUUUACAAUAAGAAUAAAAUAAGUCAACAAUCAGGAUCCCCUUUGGAGACAAAAGCUGCCUUAUCACUUCAUCUGCAAUGUAAUUGUAUGCAAAUUUGAUAUAAGGAAUAAGCUGAAAACCACUAAAUGCUCUUAGUUCCAAUAAAUUUUUUCAUUGGAAAAUAACUACCUAUGAAAACCAAAACAGCCUAAAUUUGUGUUAAGUACCAUUUAUGUAAGAACCUGUUUACGCUAACUUAAGAAAAUGUAGGUAGUCAUGGGUUUUUAAGUUUACUGUCAGUAUCUAUUUAAAACCUCUUCUUCCCUUUCUGAACCCCUGCGAUGAAGGAGGAGAGAGUAAGGUGUCUGUUUGAUAUUUUUGAUAAAAGGCCCUUUUAGUUGCUCAGUUGAAAGAUUUAUCUACCCUUCAUAUGCUUAAACUCGUGGAAUCCCUACCCUUGUACAACCUGAAGCCUGAAAAAUGCCCCCUAAAGGGUUGAACUUUUACUGUCACCUUUCAUAUUAAUAGCAACCUUUUCUGCCCUGGCAAAAAGUCAAUUCAUUCAUUUGUGUUAAUGAGAACCUCUACACAACAGCACUGACCACCAAAUGUAUGUGUACCAGUGGGCAGCCAGUUGCCACAGAAACCUCAGUAACCAAAAUAGCUAAAUUUGUAAGCAAAAAUAAUGAUGUACACCUAAUGUACUCACCAGGGCCGAGUUGUUCAAAGCUGGGUUAAGAUAACCCACAGUUAGUGCGAGAUAUAAGUUCAGAUAUUAAUUAUCCGAGAAAAAUGCUUUUGAACACAAAAAAGAACCCGGGUUAAAUUUAACCCUGGGUUAAGUGCUAAUCGGCCUUCGAACAACUGGGCCCAGAUGUUUUUUGCUUUUAAUUCAGAAAAUGUUUUUGUCCUAAACAGAGGUGAAUUCUGUUGUGUAAUUUAAAACCUUAUGAUAGUGUUCUAUUAUUGUUUCAAAAAUACUUAUAAAGGGAGUUAUUGAAGUAUUGUUAUAUUCUUAGUACUUUGAGCAUGUAGAAGAAGCUGAAUGGGCAGUGGAAUCAUGCAAAGCCACAGGCAAACCUACUGCUGUUUCACUAUGCAUUGGACCUGAAGGGGAUUUGCAUGGUAUUCCUACAGGAGAAUGUGGAGUGCGCUUGGCCCGUGCAGGUAUUUACUUAAGUAAAAGCGGGAAUGCCCUACUUCUGUUGUGAACAGAUCGGAGUCACCAGUUAGUGUUGAGUGAUUAGGUAAUGCUUGCUUAGGUUAACUUGGAUGUAACAUAAAUGAUCGUGGCUUUCAAUUUAUUGCCUUGUAUUACUUAUUCAGAAAUUAUGUCUUUCUUCCCAACUCACUCAACUCCCUGGAGUAGCCUGAGUUCUUCUCUCGUACUGGCUAUCACCAAGGAGUAUUGACAUUGAAACUAACUAAAUUGAGAACGUUGAUUCAGAUACUGUAGCCAAGGUCCAGCUCAUUACGCCCCUCUGAUCAACCAAAUCACAUUUGCUUCUUUUUUUAGGCGCGGAUAUCGUUGGAAUUAAUUGUCACUUUGGUCCUGAUCAGUGUAUUGAAGCGUGUCGUUUAAUGAAGGAGGCCCUUGAUGCAGCUGGGAUUAAAAAGCAUUUGAUAGUCCAACCUCUUGGGUAUUUAACUCCUGAUGCUGGCAAGCAGGGAUUCAUUGAUCUGCCAGAGUUUCCUUUUGGUUAGUUUUGACUGUAGUUUGCUUUGAAAAUCAAUGGCAAAGUGUAGUGCAUCCCCACAGGCAACUACCCUUGCUGUCCAAGAAUAGGUUUUCUGCUUUGAAAUAAAUAUUACAGGAGCAAUGUUAAUUCUGCUUCUAACAACAUUUUUUAUAAGAAGCAACAAUAUUGCAGUCUGAUACCAAAUCAUAAUAUAUAGAUUUAGCCAGGGCUAAAAGCGAAGCGCUCUAUAAAAUUUAUAGUUUGUUCAAACAAAGUAUAAAAUCAUGUAAUGCUAAGCGGCGAAGGCAACGCCGAAGAACGGUGAAAAACAACAAUAGGUCUAAUUAGCGAAAAAGCAACUUUGCACGUGCAGCACACUUUUUUUGUACAUUUCUUUGCCGUUGUUUUGCACAACUACAACGUGAAACUUCCAGAAACUUCUUAGUUGCACGUUUUUUUCGUUCACUUUUUUUCACUGCCGCUCAUUUUCACCUUGCAUUGGUGGCCGCUAGCAUUUCUCAUUUUGUCACCGCCAUUAGAAAAUUUUCAUCUUGUUGUUCCAACAAAAAAAAGUCUCCUUUGUUUUUAAUCUCUCGCUCUAAUCUCUGUCGCCCUUUUUCUUGUUGAGCUUCGCUGGCCUGCCGCCUACUUUCUCUUUUUCUCUGUGUUUCUCUUGCUCUAUAUUCCAAAUUUGUGGACAUGACAAUUAAUCUAAGCUUAACAGUUUAGAAAACACGGAUACAGAGACAAUUUCCGCUUCCCAUUUUCCUCUUCAUUGACUCUUUAGUUGUUUCUGCUUUACAAGACGCAGGUAGCUAUGCGAUUUCCCGUCAAAAUAACCUCGAGUUGCAUUUGGGUUGCCAUACCUGUUGAUUGAGUUAUUUUACAUUGGUAUGCCUGUGGUGCGGGCAGUCGGUGUAUGGUCACGUGAUUACCAAAUUUUCUUGGAUGGGAGGCUAGGCUAUGUUGCAACCUACCAAUAUUCAUAGAUGUAGAUGUCUUGAAAAGUUGGUACACUGAGAAUGUUAACCCCCUUUCUAGCCCUAGAGCCUCGUGUAAUGACAAGAUGGGAUGCUCACAAGUUUGCUCGUGAUGCAUAUAAUGCUGGAAUUCGGUACAUUGGAGGCUGUUGUGGAAUUGAACCGUACCAUAUAAGAGCUGUUGCAGAGGAGGUAACUUUAAUUUCUUUGCUGUUAAAGGCUUAAGUAUUCUCAGAAUUAAAUACAUGUAUGUUGCUCACAGCUGUGUGGGUGGUUCAUAACAAUUUGCGAAGGAUCAAAAUUAAUAUUUUCUUGUUUUGUCCUGGACAGAUUGAGAUUAAGCUAUUUUAGGUAUUUCUUGAAAAAAUAGUUAUUGUCACACUAUAAACAAACGUAAGUUACAUCUCCACCAAGAGAUUGCCUGUAGGCUAGUGCUGCAAUGGAUGGGUGGUGGGAGGGGGUAUCUGUGUAUAUGUGCUGAUGUGAAGGGAUAAUGGCUUUCAAGGUCAUGCAGUCUUGUCUGGGGUAAGAAAAAACUUAAAAGCUUUUACAAAAAGAGGAACUUAAAAAAGCACCUGUGGGCUUUGAGAAUUUUGAUGGCUAAUAACCAAAUCUUAAAACCCAUAAUGUAUUUUAUUUGCACAAAACCAGUCCCCUCCUCUCCUUGCAUGGGCUUAGGGCAAUAUUCCCUCUAUUACAUUUUCUGGUGGAGAUACAUCAAUGAUUGAUAUAAUCUUGUAAAAGUUUAAGCAAAAUUAAUUGAUAUUUUUCCUUUUUAUGUUAAUGUCAGUUGGCCAAAGAAAGAGGAAAGCUGCCACUGUCUAGUAGCAAACAUGGCCAGUGGGGAGAAGGACUCCGAUUACACACUAAACCAUGGGUUCGUGCCAGGUGAGAAAAUAGAAAUUUUCAAAGCUAUCAGUACAGUCAAACCGCCAUGUGCAACUGCCUUCCAUAAGCAACUGUCGAUUCAAAACACCAAAAUUUUCUCAGUCAAAGCCUUACAGUUGGAACCUCUAGUAAACAACCACCUCCUGUAAGCGACCGCAACCACUUUUUGGGCUUGACGGUUAAUGAUAUUCCAUUGUUUUUAACCUCUUGUAAGCAACCACUUGACGUAUUCUCUGAUCUCUAUUUUCACUGUGUGCACUGUGUUACUUAGAAUAGAGUUCUUAAGUGUAAUGUCAUAAAAAUAUUAAAUUUGUGAAACUAUGGGAUUUUUUGGGUUAUUUUGAAAGAACAGCAUCCAAAGGCCUACUUGCCAAACAUUAGAAUUUUAGGGCAGAUUGUCUUUGAGAUGUUAGCCUAGUUAUGCUCUGAUGACUCCAUACAAAUCUUUCUAAAUUUGACUCAGUUCUUGACAUUAGGAACCAAGUCAAAUUUAGAGGGAUUUGUAUGGAGUCGUCAGAGCAAAAUGGUACUAGUAUCUCCAAAACAAUUUACCCCACAAAGGUACUUUUUGGCAAGUAGGCCUUGCAGAUGCUGUUCUUUCAAAAUAUCCCAACAAACCCCAUAAUUUCACAAAUCUAAUUCUUAUGACAUCAUCACUUUAAAACUAUAUAUACAAAGACCUUUAGUGAGAACAUAGAACUGCACAUAUCCUAACUUAGGCAUUGCAUGCAAUAAAUAUUAUCUUGCAUAAAGUAGAUGUGCCUGGGCCUCUUCUCGGAAGAGCCCCCUGUGGUUCUAUUCUCGUAAUGAACACCUCCCGUAAGCGACCACUCAGUCUUUGUAUUUUGGGUGGUCGCUCGCGCAGCAGAGCUUAAGGACAGGUCACACACAAAAACAAUAGGACACUGGACAAAACUGUUCUUGAUUGGCAUUUUAUUAUACAAAAUAAAACAAGCCAAGGAACCUCAAUUUUUUCUGUUCUGAACUUUACCAAAUUCCACCCAUGAGAAAAUAUAUUCAUGUUGAUCAUGCAAGGAGGACUUGCGUUACAGCAUAACCAAAUUUGGUAACGAAAUCACAAAGGUAUGCAAAAUCACGUGAUUUGAAGAAAAAAAAUGAAUCUCAAAACAAAGGGUUAUUGCAUUAAGAAUAUCGUGACGUGUUUUUGGAUGUUUUGAACAGUUGAUGGGAAAACAGAGGAAAAACUUUAGGACAGUGUAAAACUUAUUUGACCACUGAAAUACAUGGCAACUUUCUUCAGACUUUCCUCAUCUUAAACUCCUCUUGCCACUCGAUGUGUCUUCCAUCUCUUUUGAAGGUGGCGGCCUGUUGCUCGGGCUUCGUACCAGUCACAAAAUGCUGCUGUGUUAAAGCGUAGUCGGCCAGCAACUUCAAACACUGCCAUUUGGGCUUCUCAAAUAGUUGCUGGACCAUAUUUCUCGGCUCUUCUCCCAAGAGCCUGCCAUUUUCUCAUGUUCUGUUGCACAACAGCUUGAAAUAACUGUUGGAUUUGCCUCGUGGUCCUUAGGUGGUAGCAUUCGGCCAUCACAACUUGAAUCUUUGACUCUGUAAACUGCUGAUGUAUUAAAGGAUUACAGUGCUGUGUGUCAAUGACUCGAUUGAAGAAAUUGGACAAUAACUAGUCUGAAAACGGCCUUUACUAGGUAACCAAAACUUGUCAAACAAAUGUAACUACAGAUUACUCGUUAACAUAUAAACAGUCCUUAUGUAAUGUUUAGGAACAGAAACUACAUUUUUCGGCAUAUGUCCUGUAACCUGUGGCCUGUCCAGUGAUCUGCACUUUAGCCCCGCCAUCGCUUACAGAAGGUUUGACUGUAUUCCAACUUAAAAAUGUUAAGUAGAAGAUACGGGCUGAAUUUUACCAUUUGCUAUAUUUAGUAUAUGCCAAAAAGAACUUCGCAUAGUUUUCUAGAUGGGAGCAGGGAAGUCACCCAAAUAGUAAUCAAGCAGGAAGGUUAUUAUUUUUGUUUUAUUUUUUUCAUGAUUUCAAAGUAAAAAGGUUAAAUAGCUUGACAGGAAAUCAUUGAUAUACUUACAGGGCUCGUAGAGGGUAUUGGGAGAAUCUCAAGCCAUCAAGUGGUAGGCCAAAAUGUGCUGGUUUGUCCACACCAGACAACUGGGGAGUCACUGCUGGUGACAAAGACCUGUGUCAACACAAAGAAAGUACUACUCAGGAAGAGAUGGAUGCUGUCAUCAGCCAAGCCAAACAAAGGGCAGAAGUUGUAAAUGGUAGUCAUUGACAAGAGGUUAUUAUGGCACAUACGUGGACUUCUGAAGCCCAAAAAUAAUUAUAUAUACACACCUGUAGGUAGAAAAAUCCCUGUAAUAACCCAGACUACUUUUCAAGGUUAGCCUUUUAAGGUUCCUUUCAUAUCUGGCAUUAGAAUGUAGACAAUUACAAAGUGAAGAACAGAAACUUUCUUUUUUGCAACCAUCUCUCAUAACAAUGAGCACCCCUUCCAACUCACCGAAAUUUUCCCACCAGCCAAAAUACAUACUAAGGUUGAAAACUCUUGUGAACAACCACCUCUCAUUAGCAACAAAGACAACUUUUUGGGUUUCCUCUUUUCACGAUUUUCUAAUAGACCCUUCCAUGUGAUAAAAGCAAGCAAAGACAUUGCUCCACAAAGCAGCAAAAUUUUACAGACAUUUGUAUGGUGGGGCCCCCACCACACAGAUGUCUGUAAAAUUUGAUGACUUUGCGGAGCAAGUUAGUUUUUAACAAGUCACAUUUAAACUUGUCAUC